AUGAAGGGCUUCUUCCGCGACAUUGCAAUCCCGGACCGAUUUGAAAGCUUCGCUUUCGUCCACCUGGAUUCUGACCUCUAUGACUCCGUCUACGACUCCUUGGAGAAGGUGUGGGACCGAUUAUCGCCGGGGGGCGCAGUGGCUGUGGAUGACUUCUUCCACCAUGCGCAGGGCCCGGCCCGCGCCGUCUCGGACUUUUUUCGGUCGCGGGCCAGCAAGGAGGAGCCUCCUUUGCUUUUCCCGAUCCCCACCUACGCAGUGCUCCUCAUCAAGGGCCAGUCGGCGCGCGUCGGCUGGCAGGACACGCCGCGGGGGUCACAACGCCCCGUCAUGUAUGGCCCUCGAUCAAUCGAUGGCAACUUCUACAGUUUCACGUUUCUCCGAAGUUGUCUGCCAUUCUUGCGCGCAGCUGAGGCAUCCAAGGCGCGGGCCGGCGAGGCCCUAAGAGCUGCCCAAGAGAGCUCCGAUUUCCAGGAUGUUGGCGCUUACGCGCGAGUGUGUGCCAACGCGGAGUCCUUCUGCGACUUCCUUUCCUACCCGGAAACGGCCGCUAGGAGUGGCUGUGACAUUUUCCGGUACCUGUUGCCCUUGGAGGACCUGUUCGACGUGAGCCAAGGCAACCUUUGCGGAGUUCCUGGUGAGGCGGCAGAGCUUUCGUUGUGGGAUCUGUGCUCACUGGAAACUUCUUGGGCAACAGCUGCAAGUGCGAAAGCCGGCUACAAGCCGCCCGUUUCCGCCAAUGCACCAGAGGAUGAGCAGUUCAGUAUCGACUUGGACAUGGGCGAACAGUUUGAAGAGUGCUUGGAGAUGAAGUGGAAGUCUCCCGAACCGGUCCGGGAGUUCUACAUCGAGAUGGUUAUCGACCGGUCUGGGAAGGCAGUGAAGCCGGCCAAAGAUGCCAUGGUCAAGAAGGUGAGCAUGGGUCGCGACAAGGAAGGCUGCAUUCAGAACAUGCCCGAAGGAAGGAAUUUCCUCGUGCGAGUUCUCGGCAAGCUGAACGAUGGCAAAGCCGUGUACAGUCCGUGGAAGAAGGCUGCUACACUUAGCCCAGACACGCGAGACAAGGACCUGGGCAACUUAGACCCGAUGAACAUGCCGAGGAUGAACUGCAACAACUGCCCAUGUGCCUGCUACGUACCUUUCCGGUGGGGCCUCAACUCGCCUGGAAGGUUGCGGUGUAGGCGUUGCGGCUGCCAUCACACAGAGCACCAGAUGGUUGAGAUUGGCGAGAUUCUCAAAGCGCGGGAGACAAAGGCAAAGGGCUCCAUGAACAGAGAGGUGACGCCAUUGCCCCACGAAGCCCUUGAUUGGGACGAGCGGGAGUGCCUGCUGUGGUUCUGGUCCCAGGGCGCCGUGCAUCCGAGAAACGUCCUGAAGGAGGCCAACAGCAGGUCCAAGCCGGGCUUGGCCAAUGGCGGUGUCAAGGGCCGGGUCUCCAUCGUCACGCCCACCACGGAAACGCGCCACAAGUUCCACGAGCAGCUCUUCCGGUGCUUUGAGGCACAGACUUGGCCGGACAAGGAGCUUGUGAUCGUGGAGACAUACUGGGAGUCCUACUCUGACUUCUUCUCGCAGAAGGCACAGACUGAUCCCAGAGUGGUCUAUGUCAAGUACAAGCAACAGGCCCGAUCGGACUGGAGCAUCGGAUUGAAGAGGAACGUGGGAACGCACCUUGCUUCCGGCGAGUUCAUUGCAAGCUUCGAUGACGACGACCUUUACGCGCCCAGCUACCUCAACACGAUGGUCAGCGCUCUGGAGGAUCGGCGAGCAUUGGCCGUCAAGCUCUCCAACUGGUACGUGUACCACAUGGACACCGACGCCUGGUCCUUUUGCGAUCCCAUUGCCUGGGGUCUCACCAAGGGACUGGAUGAGACCUCUGACAAGGUAAAGAGUUGGGCCUAUGGCUACGGCUUCUCCUACGUCUAUCGCCGGCAGGCCGGCCUGGAUCUGUGGUACAAUGACAUCAACCUUGGAGAGGACUUCAACUUCAUGAUGCAGCUGCAAAUCCGGAGAGGUGAACGAAGCGUGCACCUCGUCCCGGACGACUUCGGCAUGUGCCUACACGUGCAGCAUGGAGGCAACACAUCCAACUCCAUUCCACUUCGUGAGGUGCCCGACACUGAGGCGAUGGACCUGGACGUCAUGGAGCUAAAUGCCUGGAUGCAUGCCUCAGGGCCUGCCGGCAAGGCUUUGUCCAAGAGCGCAGGUCGAAGCCGAAGCUCGGGGAACAACCGGAAGGUCCUAUGCUACUUGCCAGGGGGAAAGAGAUACCAGGUGGACUAUCCCCCCAAGGCAACUGUCAAAGAUUUUCUGGCAUCCCUGGGUGACCAAAUAUGCGUGCCCUGCGCUGAUUACAAGGUGUACCGCGUUCCUCCUAUGGUUGCCUUUGGUGGCAGCGGUGGGACGUACACCAACACGCAGCGAGAUGAGGUGGCAGCGAACGUGUUGGGUAUCGCCUUCCUAGCAGAGCUUCCGGGUGCCGAGGAAAACCUCCGCCCGGACACAAAGUCUGGGCAACAGUGGUGCAAGCUCCUGAAGGCGGCACAAGCGCCUGUUCGAGGUGCAGCACGCCUCGGGCCACGAACCAGCGAAGUCUGGGUUCUUUCUCCAGAUGCUGCCGCUGCAGCGGGCUACAAAGUGGGAGAGGAGACCUGGGAGGACGACGACAAGGAGGCCUGUGAGGCUGCCGAGGAGGAAAGCAAGCUGUCCUUCGUGACCCGCGUGACCUGCCAGAGCUCGACCGUGAAGAAGUUCUUCGCCGCAAAGCAAUCCUUCGGUGUUUGGCUUCGGAAAGGCGCCACCGUGGUGGACCUGAGAUGGGUUCUGGGACGGCACCUUCCUGCGGAGGCCCGAGUACUCUGCCAACGGGAGGGCCGGGACAUCCAGGCUCUGCAAGAGACAGACCUUGUGCCGGAUGAAGUCAUCGUGUCCGACUUCCGCGGAUCACGGAGUUUCUACAUGCGCUUCACAAACAAGCAGUGCGCCAUCGUGUUGCGCUUCAUGCGGUCUUUCUUCCGGAACCCGGAGAACCAAAAGCGCCUGGAUGACUUCGAGUCAACAGCAAAGGGCACUGGGCACGAUUACCGGGCCCAGCUGGUACAGCUGCUGGCUCAUGAGGUUUAUCCCAGGAUCUACCAAAAGUUUCACGUGCCCGUCAUGGACGACCUGGAUGGUCCCAAGCUAAUGCUUGAAGCCAUGUCCAACGUCUCUUCGAGCAACCUGCAGGUGUGCGAACUGUGGAUGGAGGUAGAGAUGCUGAUGCGGAACAAGGCCUCGGCACAGCAGGCGCUGAGUGCCGUGAUGUAUUUCAAGGAGCUGCAAGCCAAGGAGCAGAAUGCCGUUGGUGCUGCACCGGCCAAAGAGCAAGCUCCAGAGAAUGAGAAGCCGGCUGAUGCGCCGACAUACGAGAGCGUCCGCGAAGUUGUCGGCCUCCUCCAGAAGGUGGCCGAUGGAUGGGAGCAGCAUGCCCGCCAGCAGAACUUGGCAGAAGCGACACCACCGCAAGCCGGAGAGGGCAAGGUCGCUGAUCCGAAGCAUGCGCCAUCAAGUGCAACAGCUGGAGACCAACUGGGACUUGCUGCGUCUGCAGUCCCAACGCCUCCAUCGGCACCCCCACCCAUGGUAUCAAGCUUGCCAGAGGCUGCUCUGAAGGAGCUCCCGCCCGUGGCAUCUUCCUUGGUGAAGGCAGCCGUCGAGAAUCCGAUCGUGGAGAAGCAGCUGCGGCAGUGGGUUACACUGGCCUCCAACUCUGGUACUGAAGAAGACAGUUCAAGCGCGAGAGGGAACAGAACGGAAGCAGCUACAGCAGCAGAACCCAUCAGGAAUGGCGAUGACAUCACCAAGCUCUCCACUCCCAGCCUUCCUGCAGCCCAAAAGGCUGCAGACAGGCCAGCCAAUGGCCACCAGAGCCAGGCAGUCGCGGAGAAGGAGAUAUCUUCUAAGCUGGCUCCUGUAAGCUCACCGAGGACUCAGAGUUCACUGCUGGACUGGGAUGAAUUGGAGAAGAUGGAGAAAGGACCGGACAAAGAUGCCGUCCCCGAAGUCUCCAUGACGGUGCCUAGAGCGCCUGCGCUGGUGGCACCCCAGAAGAGCUCGGAGAGUUCGCAACGAAUUGACCCAGUCACUCAGCCGAAUGACCCGGUCACUCCGGCGCCGGCGUCCAAGCAGAAGGACAAGGUCGACUCGCUCAGAGUCGAGGUGCUUGUAAGGCACGGGACACGGGCCGGCGAGGCUCUGAUUUCCGUCCCACCAACUGCGACAAUGCUUCAGGUGAAGAUGGCAUUGAUUCGCUUCGUCGGCCGCACCGCGGAGGCCCUCCAGCGUAUGCAGCUCGUAGAGAGGACCGGGAACACGUUCAAGCAGUUCCCCGACGAGGAGCUCCUGGGUGAGAGGAGAGAACUCUUGGUGCUGGGCCUGGGGCUACCGGAAGCCAAGGAAGCCAAGGAGGAGAAUGGAAAUCCUCCUACGGUCAAUCUCUCCUACGCCCAGGUUCCCGUUAGCGUGCACAACGUCCUCACAUCGGAUGCUGUGACCUUGAUGUUGCCAGAAGUGGCGACGAUGAAGCAAGUGAAGGCCGCGCUGAAACAGCACGGCAAGCCUGAGUUCACCAAGCUGCUCAGCAAUGGUGCAUCUCUCUAUGUGCUUUCGGGAACCAAUGAGGAGGUGCCCCUGCCUGAGGAGGAACCCUUGAGGGGGCGCUGGCAUCUGAUGCUUGGGUGUGACCGAGCAAGCGUCGAACAGAGCUCUGUGAAAACAGAUGGCAGUGGCAGCUGGCAUGAUGGCCAGCCUGCCCAGGGUUUGCAAAGCAUAUGGGAGAAAUAUUCAUAUGAAUUGUUAAAUUUGAGCUGUGGGCGACGACAGAAAGAGAGGGACACAGAUGCAAACGAGACUCACGACGACAGCGAGUGA